GAGUGGUGAUGUCAGAGGACAUCACGGGCCGUGACGUCACGGGGGAGCUCCGCGGAGUCGCCGGGACUCGCGAGCGGUCAGCGCGCCGCUGCUGCUCCUGCGCUGCUCUUUCUGCUGUUGUUGCUGCACAGCAGCUGAUAGAGACUGAGCCUGUCUGGACGAGAGAGAGAGGGGGUGUGAGAGCUGAAGCGAAGCGGCGCAACGACUUGGGAGGAUUUUCGACACUCCUCGGCACUUCGAUGGGGUGGUGAUGGUGACGACGGCGAUUGUGGCGGUGACAGUCCCUUCAAGGCGGAGGAGACCCGAGUUGGAGGGAUUUGGCAUGAGGCCUCAGACUGGCCGCCGGGCCCUGGUGGCUCAUCUGCAGGCACUUCUGCUGCUGCUGCUCCUACACGCCGGUCCCUCCGUGGCAUUUUCCUGCGCCGGCCGGAACGACGCCGAGAAUUCCGUAACCCCCACCUCGGCGUUCGACUUCGCGAUGUACGUCGCGCCGAGUGCCGUCUCCAACGUCGCGGCCAGAAACGGCGCCAUCUAUGUCGGCGCCACCAACGCCAUCGUGGUGCUGGACCGCGAGCUGCGAAUGGUCAGGAACUACACGACGGGGCCCAGGCCCGAGACGUACGGGGACGACCCCUGCCGGGACCUCCCCGUCAGCGGUAACAACAACGACACCGGCGGCGGUGCCGGUGCACCGCGCCUCGUAGACAACGACAACGCGCUGCUGCUGCUGUCGGACGACUACAUGGUGGCGUGCGGUAGUGCGCGCCGGGGGACCUGCGUGCUGGCGCGGCUUCGCGGCGGCCCCGGGGACGCGCGCUGCCUCUACAACCACGACGAGGACGACGAUGAUGACGACGACGAAGCCGAAUCCUGCCCAGACUGCAUGGCCGGCACCCUGGGCAGCCGUGCCGUGCUCUACUCCGACGGCUUCACCCGGCUGUUCGUCGCGAACACCGUCGAUGGCGGCGGCGGGCGGUUCGCGCCGCGCUCCCUCUCGCUGCGCCGGCUCAAGACGAGCGAGGACGGCUUCGUGUUCGCGGGCCAGCACGUCGGGGCGGACUCGACGAUGGACGUGCUCCCGCGGCUGCGCGCCGCGUACCGCGUGCGCUACGUGGACGCAUUCGCGAGCGGCGCGUACGUCUACGCGCUGUCUGUGCAGCGGAGCGCUCCGGGCUCCGGGCGCUAUGAGACGCGCCUGGCGCGGUUCUGCGCCUCCGAGUCGGAGUUCACGUCCUACGUCGAGUUGCCCCUGCGCUGCGGCGGUGCCGACACGCGGCUGCGCCGGUCGGCGGAGCCGUCCGACUACGAGCUCGCGCAGGCCGCGUUCGUGAGCCGGCCCGGCGUCGAGCUCGCCUCCUACCUGAAGCUGAAGGGUGGCGACGAGGCGCUGUUCGUGGCGUUCGCUCGGUACGGGGGCGCCGCCACCGGGCCCGACGAAGCCCCUGUGCCGCUACCCGACUCGGCCGUGUGCGUUUUCUCCCUGCCCGCCGUCGACCUGGACAUCGACAACGCGCUGCGGCGCUGCGACAUCAAGGGGCUCGAUCACUUCCUCGGCACAGAGCCGCCGGCGUGCACACCGGGCAAGCCGUCGGUGCCCCGUCGAGUGUGCGGCGCCGGCGGCCGUGACGUGCGGGCCCUGAUCGCCAGGCCCUACUCCCGCGUGGACGUCUACCAGCGGCAAUUCUCGGGCACGCUGCUCACGUCGAUCGCGGUGGGCGCCGCAGGCAACGACACGCUGGCGAGCUUGGGCACUGCGGACGGACGCAUCGUGCAGAUCGCAGUGAGCAUGGGCGGGCGGCCGCUCCCAUACGCCGAGCUCCGCGCAACGCCGGAUGUCCCCAUCUCGGCCCGCCCCGCAUCCCUGUAUGAUGGCCCGAACCGCCACUUCUUCUUUGUCUCCGGGAACAAGGUGGUGAGGGUCCCUGUGGUGGGGCCGGGCUGCGGCCAGCUGCUCGAGUGUGGCCGCUGCGUGGCCGCUCCACGCGCGCUGGGCUGCGGGUGGUGCGCCGGGCGGUGCGUGCCGGAGCGGCACUGCCUCGCGGGAACGCCCUGGAGCCCCCGCUUUUGCCCGCCCCUCCUCUCCGCGUUCCACCCCGAGCGCGCGGUGGUGGAGGGCGGCACGGAGCUGACGCUGUGCGGGAGACACCUGCGGUCACCGGCGGAGCUCGCAGGGACGUUCACGGUCCGCGUCGGGGGCACGGGCUGCCUGGCGCUGCCCACGCACAGCAACGAGACCACGUUGCGCUGCCAGCUGGAGGCGUUUGUCGGUCGUCCGGAGACGCCCCAGGUGAUCCAGGUGUUUGUGAACGAGUUGGCGCCAAGUACCAGCCAGGCCGCGCGGUUCACCGAGCAAGGCGUGGCCACCAUCUCCGGUUUGCAGUUUGUGAAUCCGGUGCUGCUGGAGGUGAAACCCUUGCGUGGGCCAAUUUCGGGGGGCACUCGCGUCACCGUGCGGGGGCGACACCUCGACAGUGGCACGCGGAGACAGCUGCUGCUGGGCAGCACGGGCAGCAGCUGCAAGCUGACGCGAGUGAGCUCCGAGCUGCUGGAGUGUGUGACGCCGCCAGAGGCGGCAGUGGCGGGCGUCCCGGCGGGACACGAGGUGACGCUGCGGAUCGACGGGGCGACGCGCACGAUGCCCAACGGCGCCUCCUUCAAGUACGCGCCGGACCCUGUGGCGCUGGCCCUGGAGCCCUCCGUGAGCGCCGCCAGCGGUGGGAGAGUCCUCACUGUGCGGGGAGUGAACCUGGACUCGGUGGAGAGCCCCGAGUUGGUCGUGCACCUCGACACGGACGAGCUUCUGAGAGCGGCCUGCGAGGCGACGGCGCACGGCGACGUAAUGACCUGCAUCGCACCGCCGCUACCGCCGAACGGCAGCGCCGCGGGCAAGCCACGCCGCCUGCCAGCCACGGCCACGGUGUCGCUGGCGAUGGGCAACCCGCGGGCCUUCCCUUUCUCCUACAUGGCCGACCCGGCGCUCGCCGCCUUCCGCGAUGACGAUGACGCCGCCGGCCGGAGGCUGCUGCGGAUGUCGAGCGGCGUCCGCACGCUGAGCCUCGAGGGCCAGAACCUGAACCUGUCGGCCACGAGCGCGGAGGUGGCGGUGAGCCUGGGGGUCGAGGCCUGCACCGACGUGCGGCUAUCGGCCAACUUCAUCAACUGCACGGUCCCGCCGGGGCUCCGCUCGGGCCCCGAGGGCCUCGCCGUACAGGUGCGUGUGGGGAACCUGCAUCUGGAGCCGGGGUGGCUACUGCUGGCGGAGCCGGUCCCCAACACCGCACCCUGGCUGGCUGGCUCGCUGGCGGUCACCGUGCUGCUGCUGGGAUGCCUUGUGCUGCUGUGGCUGCUGCUAAAGAAGAGGGGCGUCGUUGGCGGUGGAAAGCCGCGGCUGCGCUUCGGCGCGGCGGCGGAGCCCGGCACGCGGCUCGGCGCGCUCCUGGAGCCCGGGCGGUCACGUCCCUCGGUGCGACCUCCGGCCCCGCAAGUCGACGCGGCGCCAGGAGCCGCCCAGCGCCGCUCGUUCGCGCACGACAACGUCUACGCGGCGCUGCGCGGCGGGGGAGACGCGGGCCCCGCCGGGCUGCCGUGCUUCCUGGGCUCCGCGACGUCACCGGAUAGGACCGUCGACUCGGACAGUGACGACGGCCAGGGCUCCGUCCCGUGCCACCCGCUGCCCCCGCAGCUGAGGGCGCUCGCCACGGAGGGAUCCGGCAUGGAGACGCACGAGCAGCACGCAUGCCUGGACGGCGACCUCCUCCAGGAGGUCAAGCACCUGCUCAUCCUGGAGGGACACCUGCAGGUGGACAAGAUGAUCGGGAAAGGUCACUUUGGCUGCGUGUACCGCGGGGUGCUGACGAACAACACGGGCCGCACGGUGCGCUGCGCUGUCAAGUGCCUGAGCAGAAUCACGGACGUUGAGGAGGUAGAGCAGUUCCUGAGGGAGGGUCUGCUCAUGAAGAACUUCCAGCACGAGAACGUCUUGUCUCUGCUCGGCAUCUGCAUGCCGCUACACGGAACUCCGCUCGUGGUGCUGCCCUACAUGAAGCACGGAGACCUGGGGCACUUCCUGCGGCAGGAGACGCACAAUCCCACGGUUAAGGACCUGAUCGGAUUUGGGCUGCAAGUGGCUCGGGGCAUGGAGUACCUGGCCAGUAAGAAGUUCGUGCACAGAGACCUGGCUGCCAGGAACUGCAUGCUGGACGAGAGCUACACGGUGAAGGUGGCCGAUUUCGGGCUGGCGAGGGACAUCUACAACAAGGAGUACUACAGCAUCCGCAACCACCAGCGGGCCAAGCUGCCCAUCAAGUGGAUCGCGCUGGAGAGCCUGCAGACGCAGAGGUUCACCACCAAGUCGGAUGUGUGGUCGUUUGGCAUUCUGCUGUGGGAGCUGCAGACCCGGGGGGCGCCCCCCUACCCCGACGUGGACCCAUUCGACAUGGCGCGCUUCCUGCGUCAGGGCCGCCGGCUGCCCCAGCCCGAGUACUGCCCUGACGAACUGUACGUGCUUAUGUUGGACUGCUGGGGACCGACCGCCGGGGAUCGCCCGGGCUUCCCUGAGCUCGUGAGACGCCUGGAGCUGCUGCAGUCGUGCCUCAUGGGCGACCACUACAUCACGCUGCGUGUCGCCUACGUCAACCUGGAGUCGCCACCGCACUACGCCGCCUCGCCCUCCGCCGACACCGAUCCAGUCACCCCGGUCACCGAGCUCUCUUAAUGCCCCUUUUAGUCCGCAUGACCGAGCUGCUCCAGAGCCACGGCGAGCCAACGGCUCUGCUGGCCCGGUUGUUUUAUCCACUGUAGAGAUUGAGCCGUACCGCUUUAAUGUCACACACGUGGUGAACAAGUUGAGACGUGUGUGGCCGACGUGCUGACGCUGUGACCUCGGUGUACUGACUGACGUCACGUGCAGUGAAUGUGUCAUUAGCUCCGCUGCAGGCCUUGCUUAGACCCCAAACGGAUUGUGAUGCCUUGGUUUGAUUUUGGCUCCACACGGCAAACAACCAGUGAAAAACCACCCAUGCCGUGAGGCUACGAUGUACCAGUGGAAAAGGGAAACAGAGGCCCAGUGAGUGGUGUAGUUAACUGUGGUUAUCCGAUGGGGAGACUCUAGCCCUCGCCACAGAAAAUUUAACUGGUCUAGUUUUGUAUCGAACGAGGACCAAUCUUCACAGAAAGGUCCCUUGCCUAUGAACAUCUGUCAGUUCACCAGCAUUGAAGUAAGCCUGUCUCUGCAAAUGAGACAUUCAAUAUCAAAAUAAAUCCAGAGUUUGCUUGAAUUGAACCAAUGCUGUUGCUGAUAAAUUUCACUUCCGGAAGGCCGUUUGGCUGAUAGGAUGUGUUAAAGAAUUUUUUUUUAAUGUGGAAAAACAAAUAUGUAAGGGAGGCGUUAUUUAGUAUGAACAUUCUCCAUGACACGUAAUGAGUCAUUUGUGAAUGGAGUCACGUGUCCGAUCUCGUAGCGAUUGAACUGUGGAGGGGCUGAAUUAAUACGAUUCCCCAACCGUUGAACAAGUCAACAAAUGCUGCACGUAAUUACUCAUUAUUGGAAAGCAGUUUUGCCAAUAUGCAUUGACAUUUAAUAUUUUAGGUUUACAGAUUGUGGUCAGUUGAAGGUCAAUACAUUCUUGGGAAUUAUAUAACAACAUUUUAGAAAUACUGAACACUGCAAUCUUAUGGUGGUGUCAUCCACAUGCAUUCAUAGUCAUUGUACAUGCUAAUUGUCCAAAUGAGAAUUCUUAUCAGAAUAUUUAUAUAUCCUGGAGGAAAUCCGAUGGGCUAUGAAGCUCUUUUUUCAUAGAUGUCCAUUAGGAGUGGGUCAGCAAGUAACAACAACAAACAAUACAAAAAAACGAUAGGAGUGCAAAAGAAAUUGUAUUUGGUAGAAUGUAUGACUCUAGAAUGUACACUUAGCAUAAUAUAUCGUACUCUUUUUUUCGAGGACACUGAGAACAAAUUUCAUAUUCAUAUGAUCUAUAGCUUGGUCAAAGGUGUGACGUUCCUGCUUCAUGUAACCUAUAUGUAUAUAUAUUGUUUAAACAAACUACAUUUGUCAUCGUCACAAAGGGUCACGGUGAGCACAGCAGUCCGUCUCUUCAAGGGAAACUACAUUUCUCUUCGGCUGAUUUGGUUGCAACAGACAAACUCUGGCACACUCGGCGUAAUGGGGCUUCAUCGUGAGGGUCUCUCACUAUGACUCCUGGAAACCAGCGGCCCUUGUUUUAACAGGCCUGGCAUUACUGGUGACUCAAAAAUUCGAAAAUGGUCCAGAGUUUGCUUGCGUCAAGAAAGAUAUCCGGUGGAACAUUGGGGUGGAAAACCCAUAGGCCAUUGGACAAAUAGUGAAGUGAGUUUAAUGUAGAGACAGAUUUCUUGUUUGCUUACUAUUUGCACACUUUGUGACUCAGUGUCGCCUAUUUUUUAAAUGCUUUGUGAUUUCACUGCUGCUUAUUUCCCGUACAGGAAUACCCCGCUAUAAGUUGCAGCAUUAUAUGCUGUUUUGCAUAUACGUUGGCGAUUAAUGAGGGAACACAUUUCCUGAAGAGUAAUGUUCCGCAAAUUGCGCAAUAAUUUUACACAUUUUUUUAAAUCUCAGAACGCGUGCGGUGAAAACGCACCAUUCUUCGAUGUAAUAUCACACUGUAUGUGUGUAGUGCAUACCACUGAACAUCGCUCUGCCAUGUGAAAGGAGUUUCUUUCACAUGGCAGAGGGAAGCUGUGGACUUGACGGUGUGGAGGAGUCGGACAAUGUGCUGGAGUUGCUCGAGUCCCACGCUGCGGAGCGAUAAAAUGAGGAUCUGGAACAACAACGAGCUGAGGAAGAGGCCAAUGGAACUCAACCACCACCACCACCACGAAUAUUCACUUGAAGAAGAUUGUCAAGAGGCUUUUGUUAAUUUGGAAGCAGCAAUGGGCAUCUUCAGAGAGGAUGAGCCGAAUAGAGAACGCAAUGCUUAAGUUAACAGGACAUUAACCAGUGGCAUCCACUGCAACGAGGAGCUGUACCCACAGCAGAAGAAGAAACAUUCUGCUCAGCUGACUUUGGACAGAUUUUUUUAAGCGUUCUGCAAUCAAACCAGAAGAGAGCAGAAGAGAGCCAGCUUCCUCUGGUGAACACUGCUCUAGCUCCAGCUUCAUCGUCAGAUGAAGGGGCAGGAGAUCCUGCCCCUUUGUCUGUGUAACUCCACCAUUGUUCACCCCAAGAGGUCUCAUUCAUCAAGCUCUUAAAUAAUUUCUGGUUAGUUUUAUCCUAUUAUUUGUCUUUAGCAUUAGUUAGAAUGUGUGUUAACUAAUAAUCAAAUGAAUGUUUGUACACUUCAUGACAUUUAGUCACGUUUAUUUUUUUUUUCAAGAAAUAUCAGCUAGGAACGCAACCCUUGUUUUUAAUACAUCUAUGAAAAAUAAGUUUGAUUUAAGUAAUUUGGAGUUCAGUAUCAUAUCCCAGAAAAUCAUUAUUUAUGUAUAGCGAGGGAUUCCUAUAUAUGUUUUCGAGUUUUUUUGCUGAAACAAAUGUUAUUGUAUGUGCACUAGCUGCGCCAACUAUCUAGAUCAGCUCAAGCCUCCCGUAACUCACGUGACUUCUACGUGGCCACCCCCAGUCUUAAUCCCUCCCUGCCGCGCCCACUGUGAAAACACACUGCUCUAUGCAGCACCCACAAGGGGCCCUUCCGUAGCCUCGUCUUCUCUAUCUUCAUCUCUCCUGCCCCUUUGCUCCUGUUUUUCCAUUAUUUUCCCAUCAUUUUCAUCUUAUUUCCCAUUCUUUCUCUUCUCUUCCAUUUUUAUUUUUUCAUAUAGGCAGUCCUCGACUUAGGAACUCCCGACUUACGAACACACGUACUUAUGAACCAGCUUCCAUGAAAUAUAAAAAAAUGACAUUGACUUAAAACGCGAACUCACAAUUGUAAACUGAACUGCGGAACUAUUUUGUUCAGAUGGGGGACCCUCCGCGAGAUAAUCCCUGGUGGGCAGUGUGGAACCUGUUGUUCCUAUCUGUAUGAGUCCGCCUCGCGUUGGGAGUGCGUGCAUUUGUGUGAAAUUGUGAGUGUGUGGGGAGCGGUAGUGUACCGGUUGGCGCGCUACGCUGUGAAAACGGCCACCCGAGUUCGAUUAUUGCUCACGGCCAACACCAGUACCUAGCCUGGUGUGGUGUGUAAACAUCACCACUGGGGAGAAAAAAGGCGGUCGGGCGUUGGUGCUGGUCACCCACCCCCUCGUGUGUCGUGCCGGCCUUCAUAGGUGCUGCUCGCUUACAGCACUUGUUACUUUAUUUAAUGUUUUAUUUACGAUAAAACACUUGUUACAGUCUUACAUGCAAAUGUACAAUAUUCAUAAUUAUGAGUGUAACAAUGAUUCUUUUUUUGUUGAACAUUUCAUAACACUGACCGUAUGGGAAUUUAACUCGAGUGCGUUGUGUUGCGACUUACGAACGGGUCACGGGAACGAAUUAGGUUCGUAACCUGAGGACUGCCCGUACAUUUUAUAUUUGACUCCCUUCCCUGUGGUGUAGCGACGGGUAACUCACAAGCAGGAGCGCUGCGCUUAACUGAACCGUACCGUUUGAUGGCAAAAAAUACUCGACAUUUCUGGAAGUGUUGUGCCGUGCUGCAGCUUAUUCUGAAAUGUAUUUAAUUGCUGAAAUGCAGGAGGUCUGUUCUGAUUGUUGUCUGAUCUUUGAAUGUCUUUAUAGGUACAAAAUUAAGAUGUGAGAUAUAAUUGAUUGAACGUGAGUUUGAAGGUCGAUUGAGAAUAUAGUUUUUUUUAUUGAAUGUGAAUUAAGAGAGCUCUGUACGGAUAGGUAAUAUAUACUGUAUAUUAGACAUUAGCCAAUCUGUGUAUUAUUUUGCAUAUAAAAGGAAAGGAUGUUUCAUAUCUUGGUGUCUUUAGAUUUAGGAUAAACUUUAGUUGUAAACUACAUUGGAAAGUGUACCUGCACAAUAAAAACUUGUUUACUUCCACACAACGCUGUGGGAUAGCAAU